AUGUCUCGAACGUGUUCGUUUCUACUAGAAACAUUGCGACAGCUGUUCAACCGGUCGAAUUCGCUUCGUCGUCAGUUAUGGUAUUGCGGACGUCGACAUCAUCAGUACCAUCAUCAGAAAAGUGGACGUUGGUGGUGGGACAAGCGAAUAUUACUAGCAUUAACGUCUGCUGCGGGCUUUUCUUUCGCUGAUCAUGGUAUCCCAGACGAGAGAUUCGAGAAAGCUCGACAUUUAGCAGAGGAAUUCGAUAAUGGAAAAGAUGAAGGACAUGGCUGGGAGACACUAGUAGAGGAAGAGGACUUGAAAGUUUAUAGGAGACUCAUACCGGGCCCAUUUGAAAUGUACGAAUACAAAUGUGUAGGGACUUACUAUGACAUCACUCCCAGUUCUUUUCUUGACGUGCAAAAUGAUUUGAAGUAUCGAAAGAAGUGGGAUUCUAAUGUAAUGACAUUGGAAUUAUUGAAAGAGGAGGACGAACACGAGCUUAUUCGGUGGGUACAAAAAUACCCCUAUCCGUUAUAUCCUCGUGAAUACGUUUAUGCACGAAGAACUUGGGUUUCCGACGACUGUCAUGUGGUUGUCGUUGACAGUGAGGUGGUUCCAUCACAUUUGGUGCCUGGAAGCCCUAAGAAUGUACGUGUUUCAACGUACACUUCUCGUAUGGCAGUAAGAUCGCACAAAGAGUUCGAUGAUUGCGGACUUGACUUCAUCCUUACCUAUUUUGACAAUCCAGAAGCGAAUAUACCACGGUCAGUAUACAACUGGAUAGUUAAUCACGGUGGACCGUACUUCUUACAGCAGGUUUAUGAAGCAGCUUGCGAAAUGGAGGAAACAGGGCGGCGAUUAACAUGGACGUCAGAAAGGAUGCAAAGGAAUCGAGAAAGACUGCAAAAACUGUCAGCUGCGAAGACCGCCCCCGUAUUGCUAGUGGAUACAUUAGCAGAUGAAGAGGGUAAAGUAAAUGAAGAUGAGUUGGAAGACGCAGCUCCAGUGAUUUCUAAGGCACAGAAGUUCACGUUUGCAGCUCUAGACAAUCUUCCUACAGAGGCCUAUGUGACAGUGUGA